CCCGCCUCCCGGGCGACUGCGGAGCCGCCGGCCAGCUUCGCCCCCUGGCUGGGCGGGCGUCGGGUUCCGCUUCCCAGGCCGCGCAGCGGCGGCAGCAGCUCCUCCUCCUCCUCCUGCUGCUCUUUUUGCCGGGCGCGCGCCUCCCAAGCCGGCUGCUUUAUAAAGGAUCCGCGGCGGGCACCCCGAGGGGUCCGGGGCAGGCGAUGCGGGCGAGCGGGGGGCGAGGCGCAGCGGCUGCAGGUAAGGCGGCGAGGGGGGCGAGGCGCCGCGGCUGCAGCAACAGGCGCCCACGUGGCGCACCAGCCGGGCGCCCCUUUGGAGAUCAGCUGUUUCGAGAGCCCAGGCCGGGCGCGCAUUUUCCGCCCGUGCGUAAUCCCUUGCGCCUCUGCGCCUCGCAAGGCCCCAGAACUUGCCUGGUGCCCUUGCUUUGGCAGCAGCAGGCGUGUCAUUUCAGGGGAUGCAACUUCAAUUUUCUGCAAAUUUCUCCGGGGACGGGUCUUAAAAAAUGAGGUUUUGGGCGUGAGGAAUUCCCAUCUGCUGUUCUUUUGGCGGCUUGGCAAGUCCGCAUUUGAUGAAGACGCACAUAAAGCGCUUUAGGAAAACCAAGGAUAUUAGUCUGACCUUCUGGCAAUGCUAAACAAUUAUAAUGUUAAAUGAUGAUAUUAAAUGAUUGCACUUGGCAAUCAUUUUUAACGACUUCUAUGUCCAACCAGAUACCUAUGGAAAGUUGGGCAUGAGAGUGAUAGAUAGGGGAGAACACUGAAAAUUGGGUGUGUCAUCUUACAUCAGCAAUAAGUGCUUUUCACUAGUUCAAAUUCACCCAUAGGUAUGGUAUCCUUUUGGUUUUGGUAGUUCAUUGAGAUUACAGUACAGUAGUAAGCUUCCCAUCCCCUCUAAAGAGAUUGCUGAGUUGUUUUUCUGUUGGAAUGGCAGCAACUUUCGAAACUGGGAAAGAGGCUAGAAAUCCAUUUUUUGUGGCAGUAGAAGUGGUUUAUUUGUCAAUAAUAAAAAACAAUAACUAACUGAUUAACCAAAGUGGUUAAUUGACUACAUGAGCUUCCCCUUUCCAUCCAGACAUAGGGCACUCCAGUCCGGGCACUGGACUGAUGGUGUUGAUGGGGAUAAAGUUUUUUUUAAAAAAAUAUUGAAUGCUUAAGGAUUGUACAACAAUCUCUUUUUUUAAAAAAAGCUGUUCCCCGCCUGUGGUGUUACUGGAAAGGAUGUUCAAGUUUUGUUCUUUUGUUUUGCAGGCUCACUUUGGUAAGGGUUGAGAAGAGUUGAUGCAUGAAAAUGUUCCCCAUUGCACUUUUGCUCUUAAUAUGGCUUUGUCUGAAUCAUUUGAUUUUGGCAAUUCUUGCAGAACCAGCAUGACUUACCUAGUACUUGUGUUUAAGUAGGUUGCAUUAGGAAUUAGAGGGAUUGGGGGAAACACAUGGGAUUAUAGGAUAAUGUUACUGCAGCACAGUUUAGUGUGUGCUAAAUGCUUCCCUUUUAUAGUGUGCUUUUUGUCUGUAAUGUUCCUAAACUACCUAGGUUGUUUAUUUAAUAAAGGAACCAUACACUUUCACAGCCUUCUCUUGGUCCCUGAAUCUUAAUGAAUUUUAAACUAUCAUAUCCAUGCUUACAAUAAUUUGUAUAAGUAUGUACACACACUCAUGACCGGCCUAGAUGUAUGGGGAUGACAACUGGAUAAAGUUUUGAGUGUGUACAGUGGUGCCUCGCAAGACGAAAUUAAUCCGUUCCGCGAGAGUCUUCGUCUAGCGGUUUUUUCGUCUUGCGAAGCAAGCCCAUUGACGGAUUAGCGCUAUUAGCGCUAUUAGCGGUUUAGCGGCUAUUAAAGGCUUAAAGGCUUAGGGGAUUAGCUGCUAAAAGGCUAUUAAAGGCUAUUAAAGGCUUAGCAGAUUAGAUAAAGGGGGAAAGCAAAAAAAAAUUCUAGACUCGCAAGGUAUUUUCGUCUUGCGAAGCAAGCCCAUAGGGGAAUUCGUCCUGCGAAGCAACUUCAAAACGGAAAACCCUUUCGUCUAGCGGUUUUUCCGUCUUGCGAGGCAUUCGUCUUGCGGGGCACCACUGUACGUGUGACCCUAGUGGGUUGUUUAUAUUGGUAAGAUUCUUACCCUCAGCAAGGUGGUGUUGUCCCCCUGCCUCCUGUUAUGGAGGAAUUUUGGCCCACAGUGUAAUAUGUCAUGUGUUGUUGUUCACCUGAGGUUGUAUUCACCUAAUUUUAAGAUCUGCUAAGGAACAAGUUUAUUGUUAUUAUGUCCUGAUGUGUAAAACUACAGAAUUCAAAGAGGGUGUACUUUAUUUUUCUCAUAACUGUAAGUCUAAAAUCUAAAACUAUAUCAUACUCAAGUCUUGUUUUAUGUUUGUUAAUCCUUUCAUUCUUUCAUUUGAUGCUGUUCAAUGUGCAGGCACAAUCAUUUUCUUCUUUUCACCCUUUUAGAGGUACCCAUCAUAUCUCCCUGUGGGCUGCAGCAAACUUGAUGAUUUAGAGCCACCACAAAACCAGUGGGAAACAUGAAAACAAACCCUGUCAUCCAAGCUGCCAUUGACCUCACAGCAGGGGCUGUAGGUAAGUCUGAGGAAAUCCUAUUUUCGCAAGAUCCUUUAGAAACUGAUAGCCCUUCUCCAGGUGACAGCAAUGCAGGGCCUUAAACGUGCUGAGGGAGAGAACAUGUUGACUUCACCAUGCAUCACCAGCUUCCGUUGUGUUGCUUUCCUUCAGUGAAAUCUUGGCUAUUGCUGAAAGGUAAAAGUGUAAACAUGUCUGUCUUAAUAGUUUUCCAGCUGUGGCUCUGAAUUCAUUUAGUGUUAGCUUUCAUGAACAUUUCAAAAUACGUCACAAAUAAAAGUUGAGCAAUAAAGGCAACCAGAGACAAGAUAAAUUUGUUUUCUGUGUUUCACGUUAUUGAACCAAUACGGGUUAGUACACCAGUCAGUUGACCUCCUAUUAGUCUGCAGUCAAAUAUUCCAAGAGUACUCCUGUGUAAAUAGCAUCUUACUGGUUUCUUAUUUCAUCAGGGUGUGUUUUAUUUUAUAUAAAAGUGUUUUGUUUUAUAUAAAAGUUUCUCCCACUGCCUGCCCACUGUAACUGCAGGCAUCUCCAGUCGGGAACCCAGCUGAGGGCCAGACUGGGAGCUUCAAGACCCGGGUUCAAAUCCUCACUAAGCCACGUAGCUUAUUAUGUGAUGUUGAGUUACUGUCAGCCUAACCUCCUUCACAGUGCUGUGGUGAGGAUAAAAUAAAUCACAGGUGUUUUUUUAAGGUAAUAGCAUUGUUUCACAAGAACAGCUGUUAAUUUUUCUUUGAAAGUUAGCCUAAACAUAAAACCUGCUGAUGUUGCUUUUUUUGUUGUUGUAUCUUCCCUCUCCUAGCAAAAAAAAGAGGCAACUGUUCUAGCAGUAAGUUGGGCACGGCUGCUUUUCACAAUUGCUAGCUGCUCACGGCUCUCCAAGUUCAGAAUGGCUGCCAAGAGCUGUGACUUGAGGCAGGGGCCUAGGAAGGUGGGCGGACCGUCCCAGGUGCCCUCACUGAGGCGGGUGACAUUCGGUGUGCCCACAACUCCCAAGCUUACCCCGGGCUGUUCGGGUAAGGGGGGAGCUGCGCCGCUUUGCCGGCGGUAUUUCCCCCUUCCCCCUUCAUUUUGACAGCUUGGGGGAGGCUUGGGAGUCGCGGGCGGUGCGCCGAAUGUCCGCCAUGGGCGGCUCGCUCUGGCCCCAUAGGCGGCUUGCUCCACACCCGGCAGCAGGGCACACGCUACGCUCCGGCCCCCUGAGGGCCCUCCACACCACGCCCCCCCCCUCAGAAGUGCACCUGGCCUGGGCAGCGUGGGCCUACGCUCCGCCAUUGACUUCAGGACAAGCACUUAUUUUUGGUUGGGUACAUAUAUUUGCUCUGGGGAGCCUCCAUGAGGCAUGGAUUUGUUUAGGGUGUGGGGAUCAAGCUUUUUGUGUGGGCCGGCUUGGGGAAGCAUGGUUUCAUGGGCCAGGAGUGAAGCCAGCACUAUUUUCUCCAAAUUCAGCCACUCCGGGCCUUUGGCCUUAGGGAGACAGUGCCUCCACAAUAUAGGUCUCUAUGCAGAUGACACAACCUUGAUGGCAGAAAGUGAGGAGGAAUUAAAGAACCUUUUAUUGAGGGUGAAAGAGGAGAGCGCAAAAUAUGGUCUGAAGCUCAACAUCAAAAAAAUGAAGAUCAUGGCCAUUGGUCCCAUCACCUCCUGGCAAAUAGAAGGGGAAGAAAUGGAGGCAGUGAGAGAUUUUACCUUCUUGGGCUCCAUGAUCACUGCAGAUGGUGACAGCAGCCACGAAAUUAGAAGACGCCUGCUUCUUGGGAGAAAAGCUAUGACAAACCUAGACCGCAUCUUAAAAAUCAGAGACAUCACCUUGCCAACAAAGGUUCGUAUAGUUAAAGCUAUGAUUUUCCCAGUAGUGAUGUACGGAAGUGAGAGCUGGACCAUAAAGAAGGCUGAUCGCCGAAGAAUGGAUGCUUUUGAAUUAUGGUGCUGGAGGAGACUCUUGAGAGUCCCAUGGACUGCAAGAAGAUCAGACCUAUCCAUUCUGAAGGAAAUCAGCCCUGAGUGCUCACUGGAAGGACAGAUCCUGAAGCUGAGGCUCCGAUACUUUGGCCACCUUAUGAGAAGAGAAGACUCCCUGGAAAAGACCCUGAUGUUGGGAAAGAUGGAGGGCACAAGGAGAAGGGGAUGACAAGAGGACGAGAUGGUUGGACAGUGUUCUCGAAGCUACCAGCAUGAGUUUGACCAAACUGCGGGAGGCAGUGGAAGACAGGAGUGCCUGGCGUGCUCUGGUCCAUGGGGUCACGAAGAGUCGGACACGACUAAAUGACUAAACAACAACAACAAGGCAUUUUGCACCAAUGUGUGUGCGCACUGCACACUGGGAGGGGGGGAUGAGGUUUAGGAAAAAGUCAGGCUGUUGCUGCCCACUGUUUUGCAAACACUGUUCAGAAGAAGCAUCGUAUAGUAUCAGGUUGUUAUUAUAUUACAUUUCUUACACAUGUCCCAUCGUUUUUCCAAGUUGCUCAGGGCCUCAUAGUGAGGCUAUCCCACCCCCUGACAACGCUGAAGUACAGUAGUUCAGAGAGUAUGUGGCUAUUUAACUACAAUGGAACCUCUGUUCCCAAAUACCUCCGUUGUACAUUACAGUUCUCGAAAGCUGAAAACCCACAAGUAAAUGCUUCUGUUUUCGAAUGUUUUUCACAACCCGAACAUGCGAUGUGGCUUCCACUGAGUGCAAGAAGCUCUUGCAACCCAUGGGAAGCCGUGCCUCGGUUUUCAAAUGUUUCGGAAGCCGAACGGGCUUCCGGAACGGAUUUUGUUCAAGAACCAAGGUACCACUGUUCUGUUGGACUCAAGUCAUUCUGGCUCUUGAUAUUACAGCUUUGCAGCACGCACAUUUGUACUGAAAGGAAAUUAACUGGUAGUAUUCUGUGGAAUAAGGGACGCGGGUGGCACAGUGGGUUAAACCACAGAGCCUAGAACUUGCCAAUCAGAAGGUCAGUGGUUUGAAUCCCCGCGACGGGGUGAGCUCCCGUUGCUCGGUCCCAGCUCCUGCCAACCUAGCAGUUCAAAAGCACGUCAAAGUGCAAGUAGAUAAAUAGGUACCGCUCCAGCGGGAAGUUAAACGUGUUUCCGUGUGCUGCUCUGGUUCGCCAGAAGCGGCUUAGUCAUGCUGGCCACAUGACCCGGAAGCUGUACGCCGGCUCCCUCGGCCAAUAAAGCGAGAUGAGCGCCGCAUCCCCAGAGUCGUCCGCGACUAGACCUAAUGGUCAGGGGUCCUUUUACCUUUAUUCUGUGGAAUUAAGUAGUGCAGUGCCUAUUCAUUCUAGCAGUUGCUGUUUUUAAGCGUGCCACAUCGCUUUUUCUCAGUUAUAAUUUUAGCUCUCUCAGAAACUCAUUUCAUUUUGCUUUAUUUGCUUUGUUUCAUUUUUUUAAAAAAACUGCCCUUCCUCUGUUAAGAUUCCAGGAUGGUUUACAAAAUAUAGUUGAAACAAUAUAUUACUUAAGGAAACUUAUUUAAAACCUUAAUCCAUAUUUUAAUAAGGGGCAUUGGUGAGUGAAGAGACUAAAUUUGUACCGUCGCAGGGAGACUUCUCAUGUUUGCAAAUGAUUGUUGUUGUUUUUUGUGCAGGAGGCACUGCCUGUGUGAUUACUGGCCAGCCAUUCGAUACCGCCAAGGUGAAAAUGCAAACAUUCCCUGCCAUGUACCGAGGGCUUGUGGACUGUUUUGUGAAGACUUACAAGCAAGUGGGGUUUCGAGGCUUCUACAAGGGCACCACCCCUGCUCUGGUCGCUAACAUUGCCGAAAACGCAGUGCUCUUCAUGUGUUACGGCUUUUGUCAAAACAUUGUGAGGAGAAUCGUUGGACUAGACAGGAAAGCAGAGUUGAGGUUGGUGACCGACUUUCCUAUUCCCUCAUAUACCAUUCUUGUCACUAAAGAUAAAGGGACCCCUGACCAUUAGGUCCAGUCGUGGCCGACUCUGGGGUUGCUGCACUCAUCUUGCUUUAUUGGCCGAGGGAGCCGGCAUACAGCUUCCGGGUCAUGUGGCCAGCAGGACUAAGCCACUUCUGGUGAACCAGAGCAGUGAACGGAAACGCCGUUUACCUUCCCGCCGGAGCAGUACCUAUUUAUCUACUUGCACUUUGAUGUGCUUUCAAACUGCUAGAUUGGCAGGAGCAGGGACCGAGCAAUGGGAGCUCACCCCGUUGUGGGGUUUCGAACCGCCGAUCUUCUGAUUGGCAAAUCCUAGGCUCUGUGGUUUAACCCACAGCGCCACCCGCAUCCCUACUUGUCACUAGGAGAUGCUAAAAAUAAGUAUCAAAACAGGCAGGGCUAGGAGCACAGUCCUUUUACUAGCUGCACAAUGUAUGACUUGAUUAUUUUAUUUUUUAAACUACAAUGCAUAAGGGAAAGGGGGCGGGAAUCAUAUAAUACAUUAAUAUUUUAUAUAACAGAACAUUUAUGGAAAAACAAAAGCAACAUCAGCAUACACUAUAUGAAGAAAUAUAUUAGCUGUAUGUGAUUCUGUUCUCAAACACGUUUAACAGAGAAAGGAAGAUUAAGAGAGAGAGGACGUAAAUGAAAUUUUAAGAUAAUUGAGUUGUAUCCAAUGUUUGUCAGAGUGGACCCACUGAAACCAAUGGAAAUGACUAAAUUCGGUCCAUUAAUUUUAGUGAAUCUGUUUUGAGUCUUAGUUGGAAUCACCCCAUUGUAGCUUUAUGGAAUAAGUUGCAUCUUGUGGCUGGGAAAUUCCUUACAAGUUUGCUAGAGGAGUUUGAUAGGAAAGGCGUCAACCAGUGAUACUUUGGUUAUACCAUAACCUGCCUGACAGCUGGGAUGGACUACUUGAUUCAGUACAUCUCUUCCUAUCCUGAUUCUGCACUGGAAGCCAGAUGCCCUGAUCCUUGUACUAACAGUGCCCCUGCUUCUGUGUGUGGGACCACUCUGUUGUUAUAAGGUGCUCCUCUGCAGGGAGAACUGGAACUCUGCGUGGCCACCGCUGUGUUGCAAGUCAAAGCUUCUGACUCCCGUGUGCCAAACACAAUUUGUCUUUCUUGCAGUGACCUUCAAAAUGCUGCUGCUGGCUCCUUUGCUUCUGCCUUUGCCACCUUGGUCCUCUGUCCCACAGAACUUGUGAAGUGUCGCCUGCAAGCUAUGCACGAAAUGCAGUUAUCUGGGAAGAUCGUGCACGGACACAAGUAAGUAUUGUUUAGAACAGGGGUCAGCAACCUAAGGCCCAUGGGCCAUAAGCAGCCCAUGGGGGUCGUUUAACCGGCCUAUAGACCCCCGCUGCCCGCUCGGUCGGUUGGCUCCCGUGUGCCACGCUAAACCAGCACAGAGCAGAGCAGGGACUACCUUCCGCAAUGCUGGCCGGCUUCCCAUUGGCUGCAGGAAGCUCCUGCAGCCAAUGGGAAGCUGCACACACCUCCUCCGGAAAUCUUAGCUGUCAACCGUCCCUUAUUUGGCGGGACAGUCCCUUAUCCCAGCGCCGUGUCCCGCUGCUGUCCCUUAUUGAUGAUGUCCCUUAAAUUUCCCGGGUUUCAAAGGAAGCAGCUCCUCUCCCUCCCUCCCUGCCGGCCAGGGAGGAGGGAGGCUCCAACUGUGUUGCUUGGCUGCGUUGCUCACCCAAUAAGGAGUCUAAGAACGACUGGGGGGGGGGGACUUGCAUGCCUUGUGCUGAUCAAAUCGGCCGCGUUGCCUGAGGACUCGCCUUUGCUCAGCGCUUCCCAGCGGAGAGGUGACACUGGUUUUCCUUGAGGCUUCGUUUGGCUGCUGGCUGGGCUUUCUGCCUUUGGCUCGGAGGGGCUCAGAAGUUGAACAUGCCUGUGCUUGGAAAAUCCCUUAUUUUGGCUGCUGAUCCCUUAUUUUUGAGGCUGCUGGUCCCUUAUUUUCAAAUCUGUAAGUUGACAGCUAUGCCGGAAAUAGUGGCUGUGCGCGCACACACUCUGGCCCACUGUGGUGUCUGCGGGACUGUGAACCAGCCCAAGCCACAAAAACUUUGCCGACCCCUGGUUUAGAAGCUCCUAUCCAGAACAAUGCGUUGUGCUGUACUCAACAAAAUCUAUUAAGUGCACAUGCCCCAAAGCCAUUAACAGUAAUACUUAACAUUUCUGCACACUCCUUUUGAGCAUUCAGACUGUUUCACAUGCGUUGCCCUUACAACUAUGUCAGUAUUCUCAUCACUCUCAUGUUGCAGAUGGGUAGGUUCCGGAUAAGUGUGGCCACUUGCCUAGCAAGUUUGCGGGAGAGGCUAGAUUAAACCAGAGACAUACUGGUUUGUAGCUCUGUUUCUUAGCCAGCAGUCUAUACCCGUUCUAACAUCUAAUCCUUUGUACUGACAAGAUGUCCCCUGCUUGUGGAGAUGGUGCCCUUCUUGUUGUUGCAAGCUGCUACUUCCGUUGGGCCUGACUCAAAUACUCUUGCUGGUUCUUCCCCCUCUUUUAAUAUCCAGCCUUGCAUAUGCUUUGGCCCAAUUCAUCUCAGGCCUUGCACCUGCUUAUCCCCACCCCUUCCAGUAGCACUUUUCCCUCAAGGUAGGAGCCUUUUUUCCCCUCCUGGGUUUUUUGCAAAUAUAUGCGAGGGCAUAACGUUGCUACAAUAAAGGUUGCAACAACGCACAGAGCAGUCCUGGCUGAGCCAGAUAGUCUAAAGGGGUGUUGUAAAACACAGAGGUCUUUUAAUAGCAGUGGUAAAGGUAAAGGGACCCCUGACCAUUAGGUCCAGUCGUGGACGACUCUGGGGUUGCGGCGCUCAUCUCGCUUUAUUGGCCGAGGGAGCCGGCGUACAGCUUCCGGGUCAUGUGGCCAGCAUGACUAAGCCGCUUCUGGCGAACCAGAGCAGCGCAUGGAAACGCCGUUUACCUUCCCGCCAGAGCAGUACCUAUCUAUCCACCGGUACUUGCACUUUGACGUGCUUUCAAACUGCUAGGUUGGCAGGAGCAGGGACCAAGCAACGGGAGCUCACCCCGUCGUGGGGAUUCGAACCGUCAACCUUCUGAUCGGCAAGUCCUAGGCUCUGUGGUUUAACCCACAGCGCCACCCGCGUCCCUUGGACCUUGUUACAAGUCCCAAUUUGGCUUGGAUGUCGGUUUCCUCCAACCACACCCAACAUCGUAGGUGGAGCUGGGUGUGGGGCAGGCGAGGUCAUUGCUUUCAAGGAACCAUUGGAGCUGAAACUGAGCUCCCAAUUAUCCUUUUGCAAGCUGGGCUCAACUGGGACAAGCUGCUCUCCAUCUACGUACCGAAGCUGAGGAGAGGGGAGGAGACGCAGGGCUUCUUCCACCCGUCAAAAGUUGGCCCUUGGGUGGUGGGGGAGAUAAGUUCGCCACCCACUUGAUUUAAACCCUCCCUUUACCACUGCUGUGGGACGCGGGUGGCACUGUGGGUUAAACCACAGAGCCUAGGACUUGCCGAUAAGAAGGUUGGCAGUUCGAAUCCUCGCGACGGGGUGAGCUCCCGUUGCUCGGUCCCUGCUCCUGUCAACCUAGCAGUUCGAAAGCAGGAAUGCAAGUAGAUAAAUAGGUACUGCUCCAGCGGGAAGGUAAACGGCGUUUCCGUGUGCUGCUCUGGUUCGCCAGAAGCGGCUGGCCACAUUACCCGGAAGCUGUACGCCGGCUCCCUCGGCCAAUAAAGCGAGAUGAGCACUGCAACCCCAGAGUCGGCCACGACUGGACCUAAUGUUCAGGGGUCCCUUUACCUUUACCUAACAAGGUCCAUGGCCUGAGAUUCUGCUGCCCUUGAUGGCAAGCAUGAUCCUUUGGAUAAAAGGCUGCCAUGAUUGCUGCCUGAAACAGAGUAUGAAUUGUUGCCGGCUCAGUCUUGGGGAUGAGGCAUCUUUGCUGUAGCUGAAUUGCAGGCAAAGGCAUGGCAGAGAAGUAAAGCUCAGAAUUCCCCCCUGGCUGUUUGGCUUCCGCAAUGGCAAGUGCUCAAGAAUCUCCUGUAUGGGAAUGGAAUUAUUUUAUAUAUACAGAGUUGUUGCCUGGCCUGCAUAGGCCACAUCCCACUCCAUAAGCAGCAAAAGGCCCUGUGAUAAGCUUGGGCAGUUGUGUGUGUAUAUAUCCCUGCCCAAACCACAUUUUUGGUCUCUGUGGAAGCCGCCCAGAGUGGCUGGGGAAACCCAGCCAGGUGGGCGGGGUACAAAUAAUAAAUUAUUAUUAUUAUAAGAGAUGGUGAUUUCAUAAAGAUUUUAUUCAAGGAUCCCCAUGCAUCUAUCCUAAUCAUGGCAACUUUCUCCCUUCAACAGGAGGCUGUGAUUCACUUAUUCCUGUAGAGCAGUGUUUUCCAAACUUGGUUCUCCAGCUGUUUUGAGACUACAACUCCCAUCAUCCCUAGCUAGCAGGAUGAUGGUCAGGGAUGAUGGGUGUUGUAGUCCAAAAACAGCUGGAGCCUCAAGUUUGGGAAGCCCUGCUGUAGAGCUUGGCCUCAGAUGUAUCUAGAGCUCAGACUGCGACCCUUGGCAUAUCUUGCAAGUGCUUUGGCAACUCCAGACGAAAAUUUUCAUCUGAGAUAUCCAGUGACUGGACAUUUGCUUGUCUAAAUCAUACAAAACUACUGAUGAAGCUGGACUUGAUUCUUGAGGAACGGAAGCCUCCGAUUUAAUUUUCUGUGACUAUUUCGUUAUCUCACCAUGUUCUAGGACAGGAGCUUGACGUUCCUAAUUGUGCUUCUGCCAGCCUUGUGGGUACAAGGCCUUGAGCAAAUGGCCCCCCUCUUUCAAAACAUAAUAAUUCACGCAGUCAGUUUCCGUUUACGUAACUGUUCUGACAGUCUUGUUCCUCUCUUAGUACAGUUUGGUCAGUAGUGAAAGGUGUUCUGAAAAAGGACGGUCCCUUUGGAUUCUACCGUGGUUGGUCCAGCACUUUGCUGCGCGAAAUCCCAGGCUAUUUUUUGUUCUUCGGAGGCUAUGAACUGAGCCGAACGUUUUUUGCAUUUGGAAGGCCAAAAGAGGAAUUAGGUAUGUUGUUUGACUUGUUAAGAGUGUUUAAAUGAGUCUAAAUAGUUCUGAUAGAGCAACCUUCCAUAGGGUUUUUUACAGUGUUUCUAAUGUUGGGAAUGAAACUUCUCCAAUCCUUCCAUAAACGAAUGUUUAUGAAGUGCAUCGACUUGGUUCUGCAGUCAGCCGUGUUGUUUCAAAAUACACUGAUUGGCAAUUGGACAAUUUCUAAUGAAACUGGAUUACUGGAAUAUAUUUUUACAUGUAGCACUAGUGAUGGGGUGUUAAGAGGAUGCACAUCCUACGUAUAUUAUGGUUGUAGAGAUGAAUUCUACACCUGCUCUUUGACACUGCCAGAGUUUUGCAUUUGGUCUCACCUGCCCCAAAGCAAGAGCAUUUGAGAGAGGCAAGUGUUGUCCUCAUUCCCUGCAAUACAGCAGUCAUCUCAACAGCUGGCUAGCAGCACACACAGCGGCUCAGCUGAGAGCAGGUCCCAAGAAAGGCCAAAGGGACAAUGAAGUAGGAAUGGAAAGACAGGUAUCAUACGAUUGAAAUUAACUCCCCAUGUGUCCAAUCUAUAUCUGCCUGCUGACCUUCCCUCGGAGAUUUAAUGCAUCUUGUAGUGUUUGUACAUGUUGUGGCCCUGUGUGUGUGUGUGUGGAAUUUGUUUUUACACUACUAGAGUGAGGGAAACGGAUGGAUGUUUUGCUUCAGGUGCUGAGACGUCUUAGGCCACCUCUGCUUGGUUUUGUAGGUCCUGUGGCACUGAUGAUCAGCGGCGGUUUCGGUGGCAUGUGUCUCUGGAUUGCUGUCUAUCCCAUUGACUGCAUCAAAUCUAGAAUUCAGGUUCUUUCCAUGGCUGGAAAACAGGCAGGCUUCAUGGUAACCUUCGCAAGUGUGCUCCGGAAAGAAGGUUAGAAAAUGAAACCGCAACCAGGGCUAUGGGACGGAGAAUAUCAAGGAAUCUGUACUGACACAAAUUGUGGACUAUACCUAGAACUAAAUGUCUUGUGUUCCAUAGCCUUUAUAUAUUUGUUUUUAUUUAUAUAUUAUCUACUAUUCUAUUAUCUCUGCCUCUAAUUCCUGCUAAGGCAGGCAUAGGCAAACUCGGCCCUCCAGAUGUUUUGGGACUACAGCUCCCACCAUCCCUGACCACUGGUCCUGUUAGCUAGGGGAUGAUGGGAGUUGUAGUCCCAAAACAUCUGGAGGGCUGAGUUUGCCUGUGCCUGUGUUACGGCAAUCCUCACCAUAAAUGAAUCCCAUUUUGGUAUUAAGCAGUAUGGGUUGCAUGCAACUAACUUGUACUCAGAGCAGACCCAGUAAAAUUAAUGGCUACGACUAACUUGGGUCCAUUAAUUUCAAUGGAUUUACUCUGAAUAGCAGUAUGUAAGCCCUCUGGGAUAGCAUGAGACUUAAUCUCAGGGUCAUGGGUAGUUUAUACUAUUCUAUAUAUAAAAAUGCUGUAGUUGCACCUAAGAUUUAAGAAACAGGAGGGAGACUGGUUCCAAGCAGCAGCUUUUGUUAACACUUUAACUCUUAUUGACAGGUGUCUUUGCCUUGUAUUCGGGACUGAAACCUACGAUGAUUCGAGCUUUCCCGGCCAAUGGUGCAUUGUUCCUUGCCUAUGAAUACAGUCGGAAACUGAUGAUGAACCAGUUUGAUAUGUAAUAUUUUUUAUUGUAGACUUAAAAUCAUUGGAAACCUUUAUAGGUCAUGAGAGCUGCUGCAAGAACAAAAAAAAAAUCAAGUUUUAAAGAUUCUGGUUUUAUUUUUUAAAGUAUCAUGUUUUAAAUAAAUAUGUUGGGGUUUUUUCUAAA